GUUAACCUCAGGAAGUUUCCGAACCCCGGUUAAAAUUCGAAAAUUUGAUGGACGAGAAUAAAUCCAGGAUAUUAUGUCGGAUAGAAAGUGCUUAUACAACAAAAAUCAUCAUUUACAUAUUACUCACAGUAAUGGCUUCAUAGAGGAACGAAAUCUGAACAUAUCAAUCAAUAAUUUGAUAGAUUCACUGCUGAUCAAAAUACGGGAUCCUACAGAAUUUACUUUCAACUAUACAGAAGGUAUAAAUGAAAGUGAAUAUGAAACAAUUAGAUCAAAACAAAACCUUGAUAUUGAUUUCAUUGAAUUCAAAACUACCCUACUUGAUAUGUUGCAGCUGUUUCAGAAGAAAGAAAUGUUUUUGAAGUGUGAAAUAUCAGAUGACAUUUGUAGCCUAAUAUUCUACAAGAAAUCGAAAAUAAAAAGUAUCAUUUACUUGAGUCUGGACUUGCACAAAACAGACCAAAAAGAAAUCUUCAAUGAACUGAUUGAUAACUUGCAACGUAUACAGGACUCCAAUGAUACAUUGAAAAAACAGUUGGCUAAUGUAAGGAAGACAGUCGCCGAGAGGGAAAAACAGAUACAGCAACUGACGUGGCUCAAAAAUCAACUGGAGCGCCAAUUUUCCAAUGAACUCAAGAAGGUCGAAGAUUUUUUCAUCGCUAAAAGUAGGGACUUGGAGGAAUUGGCGCAAAAUAGAAUCCGAUUGACACAGCAACGAAUCGUUAAACUAGUGGAAGACGUGAACAGUGUUAAAUCGCAAACAGUUUUGAAAUUUGCCUCUAAUGUCAGAUUGUCCAAUACAAUUGAAAGUCUCAGGUUUGAAGCGACGGAAAAUGCCAAAUUGAUGAAUCAAUUGAAGAAGGAAAAUUGCGUCCUGCAAUCCGUGAACGCCAAUCAUGAAAAAAAUAUCGCUGAUUUGAGGCAUAUUUUGAAUGAGAGAGAUACAGCAGUCAAGGGACUUUCCAAAAGAAAUGAGGAACUACGGAUGGAUAAUGAAAAAGCUACGAAAGUUAUUGCACAAAACAAGGCCAACAUUGAAGAACUGUCAAAGGAUUUAGUACAAGCCAAUCAAAUGCUCGUUAAUUUCAAUAGUCAUUAUGACUCUAAAAUCAAACAGGUGGAACAGCUGAACGAAGCAUUACGCUCGAAAGAGGAAAUCCUCAAUGGCCAAAAACUCAAGCAUCAUAAAGUUGUUCAGGACUUCGAUAACUAUAAGGCCUUAUACAAUAAGGAGAUACAGGAGAAACUCAAACACGAACUGUUUCUUUCUAAUAGUAAAAUUGAGGAGCUCGAAAAAGCAAUAAGAAAAGCAAAUAAAAUGAAUACUCUGCUGACUGAAAAGGUCAAUAAUAUGACCCUAAAUUCCAAAGGAACGUGAAGAAAUCGAUGUGGAUUUUAGCUUGAUAACUCAUUUUUUUAUAGAAUCUUACUUUUAUUUCGAUAUUGGAGAUA